GCGGAUGUGAACGCAGUCGACAUCAGAAACAAGACAUCGCUCCAUAUUGCUGUAGCCCAUGGUCGCGAGGACAUCGUUCAACUCUUGCUCCGACAUAAUGCAGAUGUCAAUUCAAGGAGUGACGGAGGCUGGACGCCACUCCACAACGCGUGUGACAAAGGGGCCGAGUUGAUUGCGCGUAUGCUCUUGCGGGCUGGGGCUCAGGUCAACAGUCAGCUGUUGAACGGUGUUACAUCACUGCAUUUGGCUGCGCAGGCGGGUCAUAAGGAGGUUGUCGAAUGCUUGAUAGAACAUAAAGACCUGAAAAGGAGGAUCCGCGACAACUUUGGCAGCACACCGUUCCUGCGAGCAGCUCAGUUCAAGUGCAAGGACAUUGUAUCGCUUCUCGCCCCGUUCAACAACGUUGAUGCGCUUACGCCAGAAGCGAAGGGCGCGUGUGAAGCGUUUGAGGCCACCGUGGUCGACUUUGGGAAUUUCCACAAUGAGAACCGAGUGAAGAAGACGUCGGUUUACAACCUUCUGUAUGGUCGAGAUUCCGAGAAUCCGCGGAAGCAAGCCUUCAACACCCUCCCAGCCGAUAGUCGGGCGACCGAAUUUCGCUGGAUUCACCUACCUGCAAACAACCUAACCUGGGUUGAAGCCCUGCUGACCAAAUCCUUCAUCGAGGAGGGGGCGCACGACGUAGAGAGCUUCAAAGGGCUUGAAAGAUCGUUCCGAUACCAACACCGUGGGCAAAGGACCCAUUCGCACUUUAUGCGACCGUUGUGCCAGAGUACCCCUCGCGCAGCACGAAUCCAUGAGGAUAGUUCGGAGGAAAAAGAGGUGGCUUCUCCCCAGAUCCUUCUUAAUGGUCAAUCCAUCGAGACUCCGAAGUCACCAGGAGAUGGAAGCAACCAGAGGGGUCGGAAACAGAAACCACAAGGCAGCAAAGGCGAUCGGCCAGACACCAGUGCGCACGACGAUGGCAUGAAUGGACCUCCUGGAAAGAAGGGAAAGAACGCAGCCAAGCGCGGAAAGAUCGGGGCAUUGGCGAAGCCUGAGCCGAGGAACCAGUCCCUUGCUGCUCGGGAGAAGCAUCGGCCACUGCUCUCCUUGGGCAAAGAUCAGGCGAACACGUCCUGUAACGUGUGCAUGUUUAUGCCCUACUUGCAUUUUGAAACAGAUGAAAAAAGGAAACAGAUGCAGGAAGCGAUUAAACGGGCUGAGACGCGGAGCCUGGGCCGUCCGGGCCUCACGCGGACAGCCACGAGAGACGAGCUUCUCAUCAGCGCCCACCUCGCGUCGUCGAUGUCUUCGCUGCAUAUCAGACGAACGUUAGACCAGUUUUUCUAUCCAAACAUUGAUACGCAGACUCGAGACCAGGACCAGGUCGUCUUCCGCUACCAGACGAAAGGACAAGGGCGCGAACGUUUUUGGGCCGAGCCCAAGAUCUUCAUGGUCGAUCAGCUCUGGAUGUGGAUCAUUGGAACAAACCUGAUUGUAACCGGGUUCCCCCAGCGAUGGGACCAGCCCAAAAAUGAUCCCCUCAAUGUUUUAGAUGGCAUCAUUGAAGAUAUCAAUUCUAAGACCAGGGAGCCGGUGCGGUCCGUUUACGACCUGGCCAUCCUCAUUACCGCGCGCUGCUCUGGCAUCUUCGACCGGCACCGCAUGGGAGAUGAAGAGUACCAGUUUUUGGACAUGUUUGAGGCCUCUAUCGGUGUGGCCACAGACCGUGAGACAGUGCUCUUCAAUCGAUUCAACCGGGCGUCCGCGCAGGCAUCCGACUGGCUCAAAAACCGCCGCAAGCUUAACCGCUUUGCCAGGAAUCCAUCCACCAAGGAUGACACAGCAGAGAACAGCAUUGAGCGGAUUCUAAAGGAGGAGGAAGAGGAUGAGCAGCCCCUCUUCGUGGAUAAUCUGCUCGAUAUCGGCCAGGAAACCGAGCUCCUUUCCGAGGCAAAGGAUAUCCGCGACGAGCUCAACAUGAUCCGUACAGUCUUGCAGCAUCAGCAAAACGUCCUUCUGGAUUUCCAAGAGGCCAUCUGCGAGAUUUACUUCGGACAGCAGCGCUCGCAGUACGAAGUCAAGAAGCGGUUCAAAGAGCAGCAACGUACGAUCGACAUGCAUCUGAAGGAUAUCGACCGGAUGGACAAGCAGGCGGAGCGGAUCUAUUCUUCCAUCACCGAUUUGCUGGACCUCAAGCAGAAGCACGCCAACGCGUUUGAGGCGCGGUUCGCCCGCGACCAAGCUGCCGGGACGACGCGCCAGGGCAAGAUCAUGAUGGUUUUUACCAUCGUCACGAUCGUCUUCCUCCCAUUAUCUUUCAUCACGUCUGUCUUUGCCAUUAAUCUGGCCGAUUUCCAAGGGCCAGACGGGUCUGAACUACUGCAUCUGCCGUACGUGGCGAAGUACACGUUUGGCAUCGGGUUUGCCAUCUCCAUUCCACUGAUUUUGGUUGCUUUGUCUGUUGAUGAUAUCGGAGAUGGGUGUCAGGAGGGCAUGCGACGAAUACGCCGGUGGAUGACACGGAAGAGGGCAAAUGAGCCCACUGGCGUGCAGGGAAGUCCGAGGCCGACAGCAUUCGAGACCGAGAAGAUACUCAGUGCCAGGCGAUCUCGGAAAAGCCUGGACACGGAUUUUGCAGGCAGUCUGCUGCCUGUGUCGACACGAGGGACGGUGAUGUCCCGGCGAGAUGACUUUUAUUGAUGAUGAUGAUCAAAAUGACUGAUGAUUAUGACAUGUAAGGUAUAUAGGAUGUAUGGCAAGAUAGACAAAUUGUUG